UCGACUCUGCUAUGAGAAUCAAAUUAUCUGCAUACAAUAACUCCCAUGGACAACCUGUUCUCAACUCCAUCGACAGCGCUUCUAAGACUAGAAUAAACAACAAAGGACUAAGUACAGAACCCUGAUGUACACCAACAUUGACACUAAAUUCAUCACUAAAUGAAUCGUUAAUCCUGACACGACUUCUAGCAUUGCUGUACAUAGACUGUACCAUCGUAACUAGCCACUCAUCCACACCUAAUUUUCUCAUAGCCCACCAAAUAACUUCACGUGGCACUCUAUCAAAAGCUUUCUCUAAAUCUACAAAGGCAAAAUAGAGAUUCUUUCUCUUUCCGAAAUACUUUUCCUGAAGCUGUCUGAGUAAAAAUAUUGCAUCUGUAGUGCCACGCCCUGGAACAAAACCAAAUUGCAUCUUAUCUAUAUCAAUUCUUUCUCUAAGUAACUUAUCAAUCACUCUUUCAAUAACUUUCAUUACUUGAUCAACCAACCAAGAAGUGACUUCCUAAAUUCUGGCUAAUGGUAUGGUAAGCAUUUGGAUUUAUCUUUUAUGUGAAAUUAAUAUGCCUAUUAAAGUUGCUUUUGAUAUAUAUCCUUGCAUAUUUCCAGCAAUUUUUUCAGUUAUAAAUCAGAACUAAAACGUUUAACAGAAUAAUGCUGAAAAAAAAUACACCACAAUAUUUAAAAGAUUGUUACUGAAGAUUGAAUUGAGAGAAAUCAGUUGGAUUGUUUUUGUGAAAACCUAUCAAUCCUAUUCACUUCUCAAUUGUAAAGAACCGUGCGAACCAAUUGCAUCAAUGUUUCGAUUGUGCACUCAAAAGUUUUGGCAGAAAUCAGCUCAUAGCAACACUUUUAAUUGUUUUAGAUAUUUGUCAAAAGAUGCAUUAUCUAAAAGUGCACCAUCACAAGCUGAGAUUAUCAUAGCAGGAGGGGGAGUUGUUGGAAGCUCAGUAGCUUAUCACUUAAGUGAAUUAGGAUGGAAAGAUAUCCUGAUUCUUGAACAAGGAAGCGUUGGGUGUGGUACUUCAUGGCACGCAGCUGGUUUGUGCGGAAGUAUACGUACAACAAAAGCCGAAACUGAUAACUGUUUGUAUGCCCUCGAUUUAUAUUCAAAGUUUGAAGAAAAAUAUGGAAUAGGAUUUAAGCGUUGUGGUUCUUUACUGUUGGCGCAAACUGAUGAUCGUGCAACACAUUUAGACAAGGUUGAAGUUAAAGCUAAACAAUUUGGAGUAGAAUGUCGAUCUGUCAGCAGUGCAGAAGUGUUAAAAUUGAAUCCACUUUUACGAACUGAAGACAUUAAGAUCGGAUUGUACAUACCAAAUGAUGCAGUCGUCAAUCCAACUGAUUUAGUUCACACUUACAUAAAAGAAGCAACAAAAGACGGAAGAACAAAAUUAUUGGAAGGAGUUGAAAUUUUAAAAGUUGAAAGUGAAGGACAUCGUGUUACUUCAGUGGAUACAAGUUUGGGAAAAAUUAACUGUGAUAUUUUUAUCAAUUGUGCAGGGAUGUGGUCCAGGGAGUUGGGCUCGAAAUCAAUUCCACCUGUGGAAGUACCUUUACAUGCUAGUGAACAUUUCUAUAUUGUAACCAAACCUAUUGAGAAUGUACACUCAAUGUUACCUGUCAUACGAGAUUAUGAUGCAAGAACUUACGUGAGAGAAUGGAGUGGAGGAUUAUUGUGUGGAGGAUUUGAAGCUAAUGGUAAACCUUGCUUUUAUGAUAGUGUUCCCGAUAAAUUUGAAUUCCAAUUGCUGCAAGAAGACUGGAAACAAUUUGGUCCACUCAUGGAUGGUUUGCUAAGGAGGUAUCCCUGUUUAGAGAAUGCAGAAAUUCGAAGUUUUGUUAAUGGUCCUGAAUCAUUUACAGCAGACGGGCAUCAGUAUGCGUGUAAAUCCAUGCAGUUUGAGAAUUACUACAUCGCUGCUGGUAUGUGCUCUGCAGGAAUAGUUUCCAGUGCAGGUGUUGGACGAACAAUCUCAGAACUUAUCACGUAUGGUAAAACAUGGAAUGACAGCUCAAUGUUUGAUGUGAGAAGACUUCAAAAAGCUGUUAACAACAAGUUUUAUUUGAGAAAUCGAAUUCCUUGGGCAUUACGAUCACAUUAUGAACUUGCGUAUCCUAGGAUGUCAGUAGAUAGUUGUCGCAAUGUUAUGAAUUCACCAUUGCAUGGUUUGCUCGACCAACAAGGUGUAGUUUGGGGAGAAACGGGUAAUUGGGAAGUACCGCUUUACUUCAAAGAAACAAACGAUGGUCAACACCAGCACACAUUUGCACGACCUGAUUGGCUACAAUAUGUCCAAUCAGAAUUAAGAAGCUGCAGUGAAGGUAUUGGAUGUGUUGAUUUAUCUUCAAAAAGCAAGUUUAAUAUAAUGUGUGACGAUGAGAAGAAACUAGCUUCUUUCUUAUACUCCAUAACGUGUUUGAGUGGUUCUGACAAGAUUUGUUCUGGUGAUUUUAUUGACACUGCAGUGUUUGAUGACAAACAGAGCUGGCAAAGUAUGGUCAACCUGGUCAAUGUGAACCCUAACAAGUACACAAUAAUCACAUCACCAGAUCAACAUACACGCCUACUCUCUUCAUUAACAGAUUCCACAAGAAAGGAUGGUUUCACUGACAUUACUGUUGAAGAUAUAUCAGGAAAAUAUGCAUGUUUGGCUUUACUUGGUCCUCAUGUAGAAAAGUUAUUAAAUGAAUUACUUGCUCCACCAUAUAACACUGAUCAAUUUUCUGAUAAAUGCUGUAAGCCUGUGGAUAUUGGUUACGCGUCAAAGGUUCAGCUCGUCCGACAUUUUAUGAAUGGUGUACCAGGUUGGCAGCUGUUUAUUCCAACUGAGUUCUCUCAAGGCUUGUAUCGUCUGAUAAUGUCUUAUGGAGAUAAGUAUGGUGUUGCAAAUGUGGGAAGUUUUGCAGUCGAUUCCAUUCGUGUGUCCAAUAAAAUUCCUUCUUAUGGUACAGAAAUUAAACGCAGCACAGAUUUUAAGUUUGUUGAAAGUGUUUUGAAUGGAAAACAGUACGAUGGAGAGACUUCAUUGCAGUUACUUGAAAUAUCUGUUCCAUGUCCAGAAAAUUGGCCCUGGGGUGGAGAACCUGUUUUGCAUAAGCACGAGUUGAUUGGCGAAUUAUCUUCUGUGGGAUAUACACAAGAGUCCGACAAAGUGUUAGGAUUAAUUGUAAGUAAUAAACACGUAAAGGAGGGUGAAGAACUGAUUGUACAAUGUGGUUUGGAUAUGUAUAAUGCUAAACUCAUUUCAAAUUAUUGAUUUUAUAAGACAAAUAUUUAAUAUCAUGUUUUAAUGAAUUAGAUUUUUUUUAUUAUAUUUAGUUAUUUAGUUAUUUAGAAUAGUUUUAUAUAAGCAAAUCUUGACUGACGUUUUGUACACUCGGUGUUAUCUGUUACAAUUUUUAGACUAGAAUCUUCAGAGAAAUUAGCGGCAUUGAUUUAAAAAAAAUUUUUGUCUACAUUUCCUAAAUGAAAUUUUACUUUAGUAAAUCGUGCUGUACGAAUUUGUUUACUAACUUCUAGUCGAUAAAACUAGCUGAAUAAAUUAAAGAUUCGAUUCUAUUGUAUUGUAAAAUUUUUUAUUAAAAACUACGCAUUUUUUUAUUUGGUGCAUGUUUUUUCAUUAUUCUAAUAUUAUCUUUAGUCUAGAUAUUUACAUAACCGGGAAUAAAAAAAUUAAUUUGCAAUACAAUUAAAAAAAGAUUAUUAAGUAAAAAGUAAAAUAAUUACUGUAUAUAUAAAUGCGAUAUAUAAAGGACGGGCGACACGGUGAAUUUUUCCACGGGCUACCGACUAGUCUCUUUAAUAAUAGCCGUAUUUUGUCUGUCUGUCCGCGAAAGCCGCGCCCUGUUACGGAAACACGAAAUGCGAUAUAUAAAGGACAGGCGACCCCGUGGAUUUUUCCACGGGUUAACGGCUAGUCUCUUUAAUAAUACCCGUAUACGUCUGUCUGUCUGUCACGCAAAAUGGUACCACAAGUAGUGAGACGCACUCAAUGCGGUAUAAAAAUAACGGGCAACCGACUAGUGUAAACUAAUUGUUUGUUAAUUUAGAUACAUUGAUUUAUAGCGAAGUAUGUUUUGCAUGUAUAAUUAUGUUUCUAUCAUGUAUAUGUUAGAAACACGUAAAGUGUAUUUAGAGUUAGAAUUUAUGUGGAAUAAAUUUUAUCAGAUCUUCA